AUGAAUAAUAAUACAAAGGUUCCGGUGGAGGUCAACCCAGAUGAAGAUACCGAAUGGAAUGAUAUUCUCCGCGAUCAUGGAAUUAUCCCCGAAAAACCACCUUCGCCAUCUGCCCAAUUGGAGGAGGCAUUAGAAGAAGCUGUAAGAAAACAACACGAAAACAGACUCGAGAACAAAGACUUGGAUGAACUAGCCGCACUUGAAGACGAAGAGGAUGAAGAGUUUCUCAAUUUUUACAAGCAAAAGCGCAUGAAUGAGAUAAAGAAACUAUCAGAGAAAAAGAGGUAUGGUCUGGUAUUGCCCAUCAAUAAGAACGAAUAUGAAGAUGAAAUCACGAAAGCAUCGAAAGGAACCACCGUGUUAGUUCAUUUAUCUUUACAAUCAAGUUUACAAAGCAGACUAUUGGGAUCAUUGCUAUCUGAAUUGGCAAGAAAGUUCCCCGAAUUGAAAAUUUGCGAUAUACCAGCGCAAAGGUGCAUUGAAAAUUAUCCGGAAUCUAAUUGUCCUACCCUUAUAAUAUACAGAGAUGGAAACGUGUUGAAACAGUACGUAACAUUAACACAAUUGGGAGGGAAUGCCACGACCUUGAAAGAUAUAGAAAAGGUUUUGGUAGACCUACAUGUUUUAAAUGAUAGUGAUAAGAGGCUUGUGGUCAAUGAUGAAGAUGAGGAGUCCCAGCAAGAGAGGAAGUUGCGUUUUGCAAAGAAAUCAGUAAGAAGUAAGGGUGACAUCGAUGCUGAUGACGAUGACGAUGACUUUUAUGAUUGA